CCCCGCCGCCGUCGAAGCCGCCUCCCCCCGCAGGCGUGGCCGCCCCUCUGCCAGCGCCGGCGUCCCCCAACGUCCCGACGGAGCCAGCGGCGACAGCGGCGCCGUCGGAACCCUUCGACUGCGACGCCGGCUUCUCCAACUGGGAGGCGGGCUGGUCUGGAGCGAAGAAGGAUUGGUGCUGCAAGAAUAGGGACACGCCCACGUGCGAGGCCGAGGCCCCAGAGCCCGCCGGGCCCGUCGACCCAGACACUGCCGGCUGCUCUGGGCUGACCGGGCCGCUCCCGAAGAGUUUGUGGGAUUCAGCGCCGGUCGCGCAGUCUAUCCAGGUCAAGGUGUUGUCGUACAAUUUGUUCUGGUGGAAUCUCUUCCAGCUCCGCAAUGGCAACGACGGCAGCGCAGGGAAGUUAAUGAAAGAGGCCGCCCAUGACAGGGCGUUCGACGUCAUGGGCUUCCAGGAGUGCGAGGACGUCGACAGGGUCCUGCGGGACGCUGACAUGUCCACGCGGUUCUCGGCUGCGCAGGGGGAGCACGCCAUCUGCGUGGCCUGGCUGAAGGAGAGGUGGGACAUGGUUGCACAGGGCAUGGAGGACGUAGCCGAGGAUCAGCCCGGCCUCUACGGCGCGCGGGCUGCGCAGUGGGUGCGGCUGAAACACACGGGCACGGGCAAGUUUUUGUUCUUCAUGAACCACCACGGCCCGCUCCCGGUGGACACCGGCGGCGAGUGCGGCGGAAAGGUCACUGCUUCCAACUUGAUUCGAGUCAUAGUGGCCAACGCAAAAGAAGGUGACGCAAUCAUUGUGGUCGGCGACUUCAACGCAGCUCCAGCUUCAGAUACAAUCAGCGAGCUGUCGCAGUAUUUGGUUCAUAUUUUCAACGGGGCGAUGUGUGGCGGUAUUGACAACAUACUGAGUAACACCCCCCCGUCGUCUGUGAUCGGCACGGUUAAUUUAGGAGACGGUGGUAGCGACCACGACGCCAUCAGCGCGGUCCUGGAGAUCGGCAAUGCCGACGGCAUGCCGGCGGAGGGCCCGAAUGGGGUCGGAGAGGGCGCGCACACCACUCCGCCUCCGCCCGGGGAGGGGGGAGAGUGCAAAUGCCAGUGCAAGUGGGCCGACACGCCAGGCGCGUGCGACGCAAGCUCCGUGGACAACAGCUGCUGCUGGCAAAAGUGCUGUGCACAGGUCGGGGGCGGCGGUGAUGAGGAGGACGCCGGUGGUGGCGGCGGUGGUGGUGAGGACAGUGGCGAGGAAGACGCCAGCCCCAAGGAGCAGUGCAUGUGCGCCUGGGCGACGCCCGCGGCUUGCGAGGGGCCCAGCGAUGGCACACAGUGCCAUGACGAGUGUUGCAGCGAGCUGGGGGACCCUGGCAGCGACACCAAGGAGGUGGACGAGCUGGAAGAUCUUGUGCUUCAGAUUGGGAGCUGA